UUUUCUUGGCGAUUCAGUUCCCUUGGCAUUUGCCUUACAAAAUCAGCAUUCGUUGCUCGGUGAAUCUAAGUGAAAAAUUAUUUAUUUUAUAUUUGCUCACAUGCAAGUAAAACACUUCGCUCAUAUGCUAAUAAGUACAACGCUGUGUUUCGUCUGCCUAUCAUCUUAUUUUUUUUUUCCCAAGUCUGUGUCGCCUGUUGCUGUAUUGAAUAGUGUAUUAUUGUGUAGAAUUUUAACCAAAACUAGGUAACGGUGUAUACAGUAAAAUGUAUCCAUUAUUUCUCGUUUGGUAUCACAACUUUAGCUUGAAAAGCAGCAGUUCUGACUUCAUACUCAUUUUCAAGGUGCGACCAGUAAACCGACUUAUACUUAUAUUGCAAACCGCUUUUCCAGACUGUUUGUUCUUGUGAUAUUUGUAAUUUAUUUCGCUCCAAAGUGACAAGUGCUUCUGCAACACAAGCAUCGGGCAUUUGUUUGUUAAGCAAUGGUAUUCGUGAGACGUGCAUCGCUACCUGUUCGCGCGAGGUGGGGUCAUCCCACCUGCCAUGUCAAAACGAGGACCAGCAAAGUAGCGGAACAUCCACGCGUUAUUUGAUCGUACUUGCUGUAUUCUUUUCGAGAAUUUCAAAACAUUGUUCAAUAUUAUCCGCUAUUUCAAUGAAAAUUUGGCAUUUUCCUGUUAAUUAUGGGCAGUUUGAAAAAUCAUGAACCAACUCCAUCCAUUGCCAAUCCUGUAAUACUGGGUGCAGUAUCAGCGGUGGCAAUACUAGCACUGCUAACAGUGUUAUUGACUAUCCAUCGAAAGAAAUGUUGCUCGAAGCAAACCAGGGUGAAUAACAGAACGCAAGGAGAUCUGAGCAAGAAGCUUAAGGCAAGGAAAAUUGGCUAUGAUAUUCCAAGUCGAAGCAAGCCUGUCAUGAGUGCUGCUGUGUGGCAGCAAGAGGAGAACGAUAUUGCAGAUGAAGUGAAGAAGCACUACGGAAACAUAUCCAACUGCAGUAAUCCCGUUCUGUUUGAGCUGAGUGGCUUUGAACAUCAGGAUGAGUUUAAACAAAUCGCAAUGGAAACUAGUAAUUGUAAAACUCAAAUGAAGAAAAGGGGAAUAGCAAAACUGCAUUCGAUUUUGAAAAAGCCUUCCAACAAAACACCUUUUGGCAAAGAUGAGUUUGAAAGUAAGAGGGAAAAGGCAGAGAAUAAACAACCCAAGAAAGUUUUGCCUUUCUCGAAUGGUGCGCUGCCUUUGGCUAAAUUAGACCGACGGGCUGUAAACCAAAAUGUUUAUGAGGAAGUUGCAAUGGAAGAAAAUGCAAGGUCAAAAGUUCAAGAUUGGGUUAACAAUUCAAUGGCAGUGAAAAGCGAUAAUAAAGAUAAGGAUCAACUGGUUGCAGAUCCUUUGGCCGGGUGUGAUUCUAGAGAAUUUAAACGCGAACAAUUUGAUGUGAAUGAAGCAACUGGUGUGACAGAAGCUAAAAGACUUGAAGGAGAAAAAAAUAUAUCUUGUGACAAUUAUGAAAGAGCAAAGGACUUAGAAAAUCAGCCAGCUUUCAUUGAGAAGAACACAAUGAGAAAAAGUGGAGGACCGAAAGAAGUGGAUGUUAAUAUUAAAAAGGAGAAUAACGAAUGUACUGGUGUUGAGUUGAACGCCGGCCUUUCUAAGCAACGGAAACUUAAAUUUUCAGCUGAGGAAGAUUUUCAAACUGCAAAAGAUAUAAAGAAACUGAUUGUGACAAGGUGGAUAGACCAUGCUUCUAGACAGAACAAACCAUGUGUGGUCGAAGAAGAAUCAGAUAUUGCAUUAGGAGAGAAGUCAUUGAACGAGCUCGAGUAUGAAGAAAUUGACUCUAUAUUGACAAGUGUUUCAAGGAUGGAUGAGAAAAGAAUUUCACAGUUAAAAGCUACGGGGUUUUAUCAAGAAUUAUUACGGAAGAAACUGCAAAAGCAGCCUAGAAAUUAUACUCAAUUAGCUGUAGAAAGAAUUGACGAGGAAGAAAAUGUACCUAAGGAUGGGAAACUAACAGAGGCACGUUUAAAAGAGAGAGAAACUCGUCAGGAAUGUAGGGAGGAUUUUUCUAACUCGAAAGUGAUUGCCACAAGUGAAAAAAGGGUAGAUUUCAAUGCAGUCAAGAAUGUUGAUUCUAUGGAGACAUCUAUCGCUAACAAAGAGAACGUUCGCCAAUCUUUGGCUGAAAGCAGCAUUCAAGAGGUAUCCACUGAGAAAGGAAAAUAUGAUAAUAAAUUUACUGGAAAGCCCAAAGUGCCAAUUGAUAAUCACGAGUCUUCAUUUGUUUCGAAUUACUCUUUAAACGAAAAUGACCCAUUUGUCAAGUACUCUAUCGUCCGCAAUUUCAGCGAUCGCUAUAACCCACAAGUUUAUGUAUCCCUCACUCAUAUCCACGGACUUGGUAGACUCUUUGGCUAUGACAAUACUGUAGUCGCAAGGUUGUAUAUGGCAGACAAUGCCACUCAAAAUACAGUCGAAGAGAGUUCACCGAUUCCCUGUGAUGACGAUAUCUACCUUGAGGAGAUGUUUUCAGUAAAAGGUGUCUCGGCCAAGGCGAUAAUCAAUGACUCUCUUGUCAUUGAAAUGAUUUUAGAGGAUAAUGACGAACCAGAGUUGUUUGUUGUGUUGCCCCUGGAUGGACUUCGCCAUAAAGCAACCUUGAUUGAUUCAGUCCCUUUUGAAAAGGGUAGUUUUGAUAAAAAUUGAUAUAUUGAAACCUCCCAGUCGAGGAUAUAGUUUUCUUCAUCGUAUGAAUUUAUGAUUUACAAGAAAGGAUGGGCAUUCAAAGCUAACUUAGAUUCUGUACAUAUUUUAUGUAAACUUAUUUUUUGAAAUUUGGUAAUACAAUUUAUCUUUUCUAUGACAUGUGAUUGCUGUUAGUAAUUUUUGUGAUAAUUUGUUUACAAGAAUUGUAAGCCUUGUAAUCUUAUACAGAUCCAAAACCACGAAAGUUAGUCUAAAAUCAAUUCUUUACUGUCGUCUUUUACCUCUAAACUCUCAAAAAGUUGCACUCCUUGUAAUUAUGGAUACCUUAAGAUUUUUGUUAAUUUUUAACGACUUUUUAAUGUUUUUAAAUGUUUUGUGCCAAAAAUGUUUUUAAAAAUCUUUCCCCUUUUUCUUAAACAAUUUUCUUUUAAAUGUUCCAGUUAUAGAGCAGGCGACUCUAUCAUGGUCAGGGUUAGGUUGAUUUUAGCCUUUCAGAUUUCUGCGCUUUAACCAAAUAAUACCUAUUUUUAAUAAUUUUGCAAAAAAGUGCCCUUUCGGUAUCGUAGUGCCCUUUUUUCAUAAAUUUUCCAACAGAAUUUAACCUUUUUCAACAAUUUUUAUUGACAAACGUUUGCUUUUUUCCCACAGUGAACAUUUUUAAAAUACACCUUUAAAAGCAAUCCAAAAUACCUUAGAUGGCCAUUAAAUUUUUAAAAGAUUUUCAUUAGAUUUUCAAAACAUUCUUUCGUUCAAACAUUACCCAUUCUCAACAAUAACUUACAGACAUCCAAUUUACUCUCACAGCCGGAUUUUAGUAUAAGAACUUUACAGCCUUUAUAGAAGAACUAUAGACAACGCGGCCAUUUUUAUUUUUUCAUAUUGGCAAUCGUCUGGUAUUGAUCGAGGCUAGGUUAGUUUGGAAUAUUUCUAUUCCUACUUUUCAACUCUUCAAUUUCCAGAAUUCUUUAAAAAUGCGCACAGAAGCCCCGGUUCAGUUGUGGAAAGCCUUUUCUUCCAUUAAUGACCUCCCUUGAACAUAGCGCAAAAAGUCAGCCCUUUUCUCGAUAUUUUAAGGCGUUAGUAAAAUCAAGGCCUCUAAGUUCAUCAAGCUAAUUCUAAUUUGUCGCCCCUGUGACGUAGUGGUUAGCACUGUUGCUUCACGCCACUGUGAGCGGACCGGUACAGGCUAUCUAGGCCCUCGAGCCCCAUCCAAAGCAACAUAAGAAAUAUAUAAGAAAUAAGGCCAAGGACCAGGAAGUCCUAGAUAGCUUCAAAAAAUGAUUUUAGCAAUAUGGAUAUUUGCACUUCAAAUUUGUUAACGCUUUUUUAUUUUAAAAUGUUUUUCGUUGAGACCUGGACCUUAAAACAUAUCGAUAGCAAAAGGAAAUUAAGCGCCUGUUAAUGAAGACUAUCGUAUGAAUUUCCUAUCUUCUUGAUCAAUAUAAAUUUUAAUUAAUACUAAUUUGUCUUUAUUUUGUAAUUGGUGAGUUCAUCCUAUUUUAGUUUUGGACAAUGAUAAUUCCUAAAAGUUCUUCAAGUCACAAUCCUUAUUUAAAGCAUGAUUAAUAUUAAGAAAAUGGCAAAUACAUAUUGCUUGGCAAUUGAAGCUUCUUCCUUUCCCUGGAUUUCCCAUGUGAAUUUACACCCUUCUUAAUAUUUUCACAGACGCAAGUCUUUGAACUUUGGUAGACCUAUUCUCGUCAGAUAAAUAUAUAUUUUCGAAUCAUCAAAUGAUAAUCCUCAUGACUUUUACCAAACUAUUUUUUGUUGUAUAAAGGCUUGAUGUAGUUAGGUUUUGUUCAGUUCAAUUUGAAAGUUUUAAACUCUUUUGGUGCUUCCUCUCUUUUGAGGGUUUACGAUUACCAAUCCUUGCCCUCAUAAUCACAAAAGUAACUAUAACUUUGUUGGAUAAUCAAAACUCGAACCUGCACUCACCUUGAAAUAUCAUUACUGAUUGCAUGCUCUUGUUUCGACUUGUGAAGCGUAAAAUUUUUUCUAUUUGUUAAAGCUUGAAUUAAUGAUGCAUGUUCAUCCCUUUUUAGAAGCUUCAAAACUUUUGCAACAUUUUAUGCCUUUUGAUUUACGACAGAUAAAAUGUUUGAACAUGAACUCAAAAGUUUGUAUAUUUACAUUCACUAUUUAAAUUUAUAUUCAAAGAUAUUAACGUUGUCUUUUCUUGCGUGCAUAGGCUAAUUAUAUCAUAGUAUAAGCUUGCCUAUACUAAAUCUUUACUUUACUGAGCUUAAAUGUUUCUCAAUCGUCUAAGAUUGCUUUUGAAGACAGACAUAAAAAGCUACACAAGAUCUGUUCGAUCGUUUGUUUCAUUUUUUAGAGAAAAAGCAGAUCAUAAAAUUCUAGACACUUAUGCAUUAAUUAUAUAGGUUUAACGAUCAUUUUUUUUUAAAUACAAACGCAUCAUCAAAAUUUUAUGUACCAAUGUUUGAUCUUAGCGGCUUUUCUGUACAUUCUUUUUAGGAAAUUUUUAUUCAUGUUCCUUUGUAAUGACUUUGCAUGUUUUUCUUUUCUUCGAUCAUUUUUUGCGCCGAUUCAAAUAUGUAAAUAUCAGAAGGAAAGGGACUCAAUUUGGGUUUUGUUUCUGUUUAUCUUGAAGCCUCAGUUCUUUUUUUCAAAAUGAUUUAAAAAAUGAUUUUUACGAUUGAUAUUUAUGUUACCAAUCAUUUUUAGUAUCUAAUUAUUCUUAAUUAGAUUUUAUUUUCUUGUUUUUUAGGGAAAUUCUCUGGAUUGAGUGAAGCAUUGCCAAAAUUCAGAUGCAUUUAAUAAAGAUCUACAGAUCAGUCGAAGUGUCAGGUAAAGACCAAUCGUCAUUAUCCAAAUUUAUAAUAAAAAUAGUGACUGAUUUCAAAAGGUUUUUUUGUUGGAGGAUGUUGGAAUGAAAACAGUUAUGUGCUAGAUUUUGAGCUAGUUAUAAAACUAGUUGCAAGUUGUUAGCUUUAUUUACAGACCGCUCCAACUCUUCACAUUGCCUCGUUUUUAAAGAGAAUUCAAAAAGAGUGUUUGUCAUUUUUCUAACGACAGGCCGCUAGAAAUAAAUGGCCAUUUUCAACAUCGCUAGGCAGCACUGAGAUAAUUUUUUCUCGAUUCGUUUUUGCAAAAAAGAUUAUCCUGUACAC